UAGGCAUUUGGGAGGCGACGUCAAUACGGUGAGGAGGUGCACGUGGCAGGCGGUCGGUCGGCGUUUGAAGAGUUACGAAACGAGGCACUCUCGGCGCAUCUGACGCCGCCGCACAUGGCUGCCUCCGUGGAGUCCGUGUCUUCGCGGGGCACCGAGGGAGAGGCCCAGCCAAUGAGACCACCUGACAAUGACGGACUGGACAUUUCAUGGAAAUUAUGGAAGCGACGGCGGUACGUAGUUACAGCCAUGUCAUUUUUUGGAUUCUUUAACGUAUUCGCUCUGAGAGUGAAUGUGAGCGUCGCAGUUGCAGCCAUGACAAGUAUAAAAGAAGUAACUCUAGAGAAUGGGACUGUAAUUGAGGAGCAAGAAUUCGACUGGAGCACGCAGCUGCAGGGCUACAUCCUGGGCUCGUACUUCUACGGGUACAUCACCACCCAGAUCCUGGGUGGGUGGCUGGCAGCGCGCCUGGGGGGCAACGUGCUCUUUGGGUUCGGCAUCGCCGUCACCUCCUUCCUCACCCUGCUCACUCCCGUGCUGGUCAAGCUCAACGUUUACAUUUUCAUUGCGAUUCGAGUCAUAGAAGGCAUUUUCGAGGGCGUUUCCUACCCAAGCAUGCACGAUGUUUGGGCUAAUUGGGCCCCUCCGCUGGAAAGAAGCCGUUUGGCCACCAUUGGCUACUCUGGAAGUUACGUGGGAACUGUAGUCGCCAUGACGCUCUCGGGAGUUUUGGCGGAGCAAGCAGGAUGGCCUUCCGUCUUCUACGUUUUCGGUUGUGUUGGGGCUGUAUGGUACUUGGGAUGGUUACUUCUUGUCAAACGCAGACCGGAAGAUGACAAGUAUAUCGAUCCUUUGGAGCUGAAAUAUAUCCGAACGUGCCUAGGUCCACCUGAAGGAAAUCAUAAGAAUGUUUCUCAUCCUUGGGGGAAAUUUUUUCUUUCACCACCAGUGUGGGCAAUAAUUAUAGCAAAUUUCAGCGAAAAUUGGGGUUUUUAUACACUUCUUACCCAACUGCCUAUAUUUAUGAAAGAUACUUUGGGAUUCGACUUACAGCAGGCUGGAUUUUUGUCAGCAUUGCCUUAUCUAGUUGUAGCAUUUACAAUCCAGUUAGCUGGCCAUAUUGCUGACCAUAUUUUAACGAGAAAUUAUCUGAGUACAACGCAGGUUCGCAAAAUAUUCUGUAGCGGAGCCUUCAUAUGCCAGUCAUCCUUCAUGUUACUGGCUUCUUUCCUGCUCACCCCAGCUGGCGCAGUAACCUGCCUCACCUUAGCUGUAGGACUCGGUGCUUUCGCAAUGGCGGGAUUUUUUGUGAACCAUUUGGAUCUUGCUCCGCUUCAUGCAAGUGUGUUAAUGGGGAUUUGUAACACCGCUGGCACCUUGCCAGGUAUAAUUAGCCCUACUAUAACAGGAUACAUCGUUCCUAAUAGGACGAAAGAUGAAUGGCGGGUGGUGUUCUACAUUUCAAGUGCUAUUUAUUUCAUUGGCGCUCUAGUGUACGGACUGUUUGCUUCCGGUGAGAGGCAGAGUUGGGCCGGUGAUGCAAGAGAUGAAGUUACUGAAAGCAGUCCGAUCAAGGAGUCCUACAAUAAUAAGAGAUAAUGAGACGUGUAUUAUUAAUUUUUAUAUAUUUAUUAUUUCUUCCUUCAAUGCCGUUCAUGACGAAUCCCAUCAAAACUUGAUAUCACUUUAUCAUAACGUAAUUAAUACGGAGUAUGAACGGAGUUGUGUAAACCAAUUUAAGAAACAAGUAGGAAGUGUACAUAAGAGAAAAAGCGAGUGUUGGGAUGAUACGGCAGAUGUAGGUACCAAGUAUGUGCGCAAAUUUACAUUUCAUGCCGUGAGGUGGGAACAACCUUUAAAAUCAAAUCAAAGCUUAGGCUUCUGCGGGUGAAGUCAGUCAGCUGUCUGGGAG